AUGGUUGCCAGAAGAAUGUCCAAAUUCAGUUGGAUUAUACCACUUCUCCUUCUGGGAAUAAUGGAACUGGUGCAGCCUGGAGAAAGCGUUUGUUGCCCCUCGAAAGUCCUCUCCUUCCGGAUGAUUGAAGAUAAUGAUGACUGUAGUUCGUACAAUGCUGAAAAGCAGAGUAAAGGAGUCUGCAAAGCGGUCGUUUGUGGCGAUGGUACGAAAAUCACUGGCAGGUACUGUGGCAUUGGAUCGUGCAACAUAUUUGGUUGCCGCUGUGACGGCGGUUGUCGAGCGGGCGAUGCUGUGAAGAGAUUCACUGACUUCUACGGUGAUUAUCAUAUAAGUCAUGUUCAUGUCGUCUAGUCAAUUACUUUGACAACUGUCAACAUAUCAUUUUGAUUAUUUCCUCAUGUCAAUGUACUGCUGAAAAUAGCUUUAACUUCUUUCACCUUUCGGCGAAGAUAAACACUUAUCAAUUUAGUCAAACAUUAUCGAAUUAAAAGCAAUUACAAAAGAUAUCAA